AUGACGAUCAAGCAGCUGCUCCUACUGUUGGCCUUCCUCGCCACCGGGCUGUGCUUUUGGAGCCACUCCGAUUCCGCACGCCAGACCUUGGCCCACAGCAAGAGGUUGAUUGUAAAUGAGCUUCACCGGUGCGUGCCCCAGCGGCGCUACACAGAAACUGAUCUCGACCGGAUACUCGGCAAAAAUUUGCAAAGGCACUGGGACGCGUUACAGAUGGACCUGUUGGUCGAGGCGAACGAGUUGAAUUACCAGAAAAUCGAGCAGUGCCUCGCCCACAUUCAGCGGCACAUUGUGAAGGUACACAAGCAGCUGAAGAGGAUGCGGAAGAACGAGAUAAGAAGACUCCGUGAUCAGCUAGAAGACUCUUCUUCGGAAGUACACCAAAAAUUGCACCGGAAGUCGAGGAGUGCUCAGAAACACGCUCAUCCACGUGAGCUCCCCAGCGCAGCUCUGGAGUGGAUGGGCGAGAAGGAGAAAGCCAUGCUGGAGCGCUUCCGCCAGACUAACCCAGAUAAAUGGGAUGUGCUAGUAAAGACCGGACAAAUUUUCUAUCGCUCCAGAAAGGACGUGAGGGCAAAAUCACAGGAGGCGCUGGACAGCUAUUGCAAGAAAAACCUGGUCGGGCUGUUGGGUGAUGAAAAGUUUGAGGAGUUAAAGGAAAUGAAAGAAGACAGCGCAACCGUGGAGUCGAUAGAAGCUAAAUUCUCGGAGAUUGUCUCCGAGCUGUCGGACGAGGAAGAUCGUCUGAAUGCAGAGCACUACGGCCAAUUUUGUCGAAAAAUCUUCCGCAUCACCAAGUUCAAGCCGGACAGCCUGACGGCUUGGCUGUCGAACUCGCAAAAGAGGGCGAUCAUGACAAUGAUUCAGGACCCGAAUAUCGGAGACGCUCAGGUGUACGAUAAGAUGUUCGAGUACUACAGCUCGACGAGUGGCGCCGAGAAGGACACCGCACACGAGGCAAUUGACAACGGGUGUCGCCGAUUUAUUGCACAUACGUUUGGAGAGGAUAUUGAGGAGGAAAUCGACGUUGCCAUCUCGCACAACAGUUCGACACGUCAACAGUUAGCCUCACAACUUGCCGUUCAAGCCGAACAGAUUCAGAAUGAUCACAACAGAAAACUCGUGACCGAUUCCCUCCCGAUUUGCACCCGAAUCUACAUUGGCUACGACUAUUCUUGUGACUGUAACGGACAUUCCGAUGAAUGUCAUCCUUCCACGUAUGCAUGCUUAGCAUGCGGAGGGAAUUCGUACGGGACGCAGUGCGAAAAGUGCCUCGAAGACUUCGACAAGGACGAAAACGGGAACUGCGUCGCGUCCGGGCAAAUGGAGAACAAGGACGAGAAAUCGGAGGUGCCACAGUGUGAAUGUAAUGGCCAUUCCGAGACGUGUACGCUGACGGGAAAGUGUACGAACUGCACCGACAACACCGGCGGCGACAAGUGCGAGCUGUGCCUGCCCGGGUUUUACGGCGACUCGAGAGAGGGUACCACGACCGACUGUACUCCCUGCCCUUGCCCAAAUGGCGGUGAGUGUGUGGUGAACGAGUCGGGGUUGGUGGAAUGUCUCAACUGCCCGACUGGCACGAAUGGAAUGAUGUGCGAAAAGAAGGACAGCAGCUCCAGUGAGGAAGCGGAGAGCAGCGCGUCGCGGCGACGGCGCUUUCGACGAUAUUUG